UCCUUGACACCAGCCCAGCCCCACGCCACCAUGUGUGACACCAGCUGCUCCUCAGGCUGCCAGGCUACCUGCUGCACACCCAGCCCCUGCCAGGUGUCCUGCUGUGUGCCCGUGAGCUGCCAGCCCGCUGUGUGCACACCCGUGAGUUACCAGCCCACUGUGUGCACACCAGUGAGCUGCCUGCCCGCUGUGUGCACACCCGUGAGCUGCCAGCCUGCUGUGUGUGUGGCCCCCUCCUGCUAGUCCUCCGGGUGCUGCUAGCCCUCCUGCCCCACCCUGGUCCGCAGACCCAUCUCCUGUAGGUCCCCUUGCUGCUGUUGA